AACAUUGAAGGAAUUACAUUUUUUUUCUUCGCUUUUGAUGACGCCCCUUACUCUUCCAUGUUUGUUUGCAGCGUUUUAGUUUGUGGUGAUGGGGUGGGGGAUGAACAUAAUUAUGCUUUUAUCAGGCCAACCCUCUCUGAUCAAUGGUUCAAGUUUUAUGAUGAACGGGUAACCAAAGAAGAUAUGAGUAGGGCCUUGGAAGAGCAGUAUGGUGGUGAGGAAAAGACUAAUCCUGGCUUCAGUAACACUCCGUUUGAAUUUUCAAGAUACUCUUGUGCCUACAUGCUUGUGUAUAUACGUGAAAGUGACAAGGAGGAAAUAUUUUGUCACGUGGCUGAGGAGGACAUGGCUGAAAUUCUUAAGAUAAGGUUGAAGAAAGAAAAAGAACAGGAGGAAAAGGAGCACCGGAAAAGGGAAAAGGAAGAGGCUCACCUUUAUACAGUCAUAAAGGUUGCGCGAAAUGAGGAUCUCAUAGAGCAGAUUGGGAGAGAUGUUUAUUAUGGUCUUGUUGAUCAUGAUAAAGUCCAGAGCUUCCAUAUUCAAAAUUCAACGCCUUUUUUCUUUUUCAAGGUAUACAACAAGUGUUUGCAUUGCAUUUCAGGAAGUUUGGCCUAUAAGGACAAGGCUUUGUUGAGUUGAGUUGAGUUGAUAUACUGGUUGUUGUUGAAAUAGUUUUGGGGUUCU